AUGUCGUCGCGAAUAAUUAGUCGAGCUCUCAGAAGCAGCAUCUGCAACCGUCAUAUCUCAUCAACGCUUAGGACACAAUUAAGAUCAUUGUCGACAAUAUCCGUGUCCGAUGACCCAUCUAAAUUCACCCUGAGAGUUCCCCCGAACUCGAGCACGGAAACGGUGCUCGAGCAGCUACGGCACCUCAGAGAGCAAAAGAUCCACGUGCCCGCACUCUCUUACGAGGCCGAUUCCGCGGUGGUUCUCGCUACGCCGACUUUUGCGCGGUGGCUGAUGAACGAGCCCUUCAUGGCCUCUCUCCUGUCCUCUUUCACUCAGCGUGACAUCCAAGUGCUUGCCGCCGUGGUCGACGACCUGCCUCCAUCAAGUCCGUUCGGGGCACCGGCGGCUGGGUUCUCAGUCAUGCAAGGGUCAGUAGAGGAGAUGCUCCCGGCCUUCAGCUCCCAGCCAGUCCUCUACAGGGGUCGAGGUAUCCCGCAACGCGGGAGUCUCGCCUUUACCCUCCCUGGCGCUGCUCCCAAAACGAAAAACCUCUCCGUGACAUUACCUCUCGCAAACACCAUCUUCCAGAAUGGCCUCGAGUCAACCCUUUUAGCAUCAAGCUGGACUGCCCAAGGCGAAGGAGCCCUGACGCUAUCCAGCGUGGCCGAAAAAAAUGAGCAUGAGAUUGUGCUCCCCACACCCUUGACGACGACAACUCCCAGACUAUCAGUUCCGCUUAUACCCGUUACGCCCCCGCGCAAGAUCCUUGGAUGUCUAGGAAAUAUCCUUAGCGUGAUAGAGGUUGAUGGAUCACCCGUUCCAGCGUCGACCGAACUCGAGGCCAAGGUUCAGGAAGUAUAUGACAGCCGCUUCGCCGCAGACAACCUCAACACCUCCGGCAUGCCAGUCGAUAUAUGGGCUUUGAUAUCAACCCCCGCGGCCUCGUUAACACCCUUUCUGCUAGAGACGAUGAAGAGUUUUGAAAAGGCUAAAUUCGACGGGCCCGAGGAGGAAGCCACUGUCGGCUACAAGAACGCCAAAGCCGCCGCAGAGCUACUAAUGUCCGGUUUCCGACUCUAUCGAAUCACAAGCGGUGGCGGUGGCUGGGAUAAACGUCGAGGACGACUCUCCCUCGACGCAGAGUGGGCCUCCUCAGACUCGAGCGAGGACGACCUCAACAUGAUCCUCAACUCCGCCGACGAUUCGGGACCUGCUAUCCUCCAGCGCGGUGUGGUCUCGCCCGGCUCCUACGUCCAGUUCGUAACGGCCCCGAAUGUCGGAGACUUCGCAACCUCUAUAAACCCGGCCUCGUUCCCCGGAUCUAUAGUCGUCGGAACAUCGUCGUCCCUGCACGAUGGUGUCCAGGCCCCGGUAGAUGUAGGAGGAGAUGCCGCCUCCUGGGUUUGGGGCCAUUUUGGAGCCCUGUCGAGGAAACACAUGUUCGUUUCAGAGAAAGGUGAGCCGAGCAGGGCUGGCUCAGAUCAAGAGAGUGUCAGUCAGCCAAGGGUGCGGACAAAAGUGGACAGCCCAUACUCAUACGUGACUUUGUAA